UAACCUUAGUGAUUUUGAUGUGUGUGUUCCAUUAGGGGAACAUCUGAAGUAAUUUGUCUCAGUAUUUGCACUCCUUGUUCUCUGGGUGCGGGCCUUCUCAGAUAAAGGUGUUCCCGCUUGUCCCAGCGAUGGUCUGGGAACUUUCCCAGAACUUUAAGUCAAGUCACACUGUUUAAGCCCCAACUGAUGCUGCAGUCAGCGACCUUUGAGGCAAUUUCUCUGAAGGAACUACAUUACCCACAAUGCAGUGCUUCUUGUGGGAGCAUUUCCGUUUAGGCGGGACUUCCGGAAUCUUCCUCUCGUCAGGCAUCUUGACAGCUUUAUGGCCAAACUUUGGAACCUGAGCUAGGAGAUCGGGUCUCCUGGGCCAGGCGAGCAGCGGUCCCUGCUCGCCCCACUUUGGUGCUGCUCUGGCAGGUGAGGUCCGUGGCCAUGAAUCCUGCGCAGAUCCUUUAUGGUUCCUGAAGUAUGGCCAACAAGAGAGUCCUGGGCACUUGGCUGAGAGGUGAUGACUCUAAGCACAGCAGAAGGGACUUGGAUCAACUCAAGUUGUUGGUGUGCAAUGAAGGAUGAAGAAGACCUUCCUGAACCAAGCAUUUCUCUUGGAGCGCCACAUGUUAACACUCUCAAGGCAGCUUCUUUCUUCACACAGACAACUUACCCUUGUGACGUAUGUGGCCCCAUUUUGAAUGGUCUUUUAGAUGUGGACGAACACCAAGGAACACACACUGCACUUAUAACGUGUUCCUGCAUGGCAUGUGAGAAACAGUUCUGGUUAAGUGAAAGCUUUUGCCAGAACCUGUAGCAUAACACUGUAGAGAAUUCUUCACAAAAUAAUCAAGGCGAAGCCUCAUUAGUUAAGAAUUUCAAAGGUCAUGAAGAGCCUUACUCUUCAGAGAAGCCUUCUGCGUUUGAGGUGGAGCAGAGGAACCUUCAGGACAGUCCGAUUGUUGCCCGACAAAAGGUCACCUAUAGCCAGAAGAUAGCAGGGGGCAAUGAGAGUGAAGACAGCUUUCAUGUUGGACAAAUGCAUUAUAAGUGUAGUGAGUGUGGGAAAGGUUUUAACCGCAAAGAUACCCUGGUGCAGCACCAGAGGAUCCACAGUGGAGAAAAGCCUUUUGAGUGCAGGGAAUGUGGGAAAGCCUUCAGCCGCAAAGCCACACUCGUCCAGCACCAGAGGAUCCACACUGGAGAAAGACCGUAUGAGUGUGGUGAAUGUGGAAAAGCCUUCAGUCGCAAAGACAACCUCGCUCAGCACAGGAGAAUCCACACUGGAGAAACGCCGUACAAGUGCACGGAAUGUGGGAAGUACUUUAGCCAUCACUCCAACCUCAUAGUACACCGGCGAGUUCACAGUGGAUCGAGGCCUUAUAAGUGCAGUGAUUGUGGGAAAGUAUUCAGACACAAAUCUACCCUUGUUCAGCAUGAAAGUAUCCACACUGGAGAAAACCCUUAUGAUUGCAGUGUUUGUGGGAAAUCCUUUGGGCACAGAUACACCCUCAUUAAACAUCAGAGAAUUCACACCCAGACAAAGCAUUUUGAAUGCACUGAAUGUGGGAAGCUUUUCAGUAGAAGCUCUGAUUUUAUAGUACACCAAAGGGUUCACACUGGGGAAAGGCCUUUUGUGUGCAGCAAGUGUGGGAAAGAUUUCAUCCGAACCUCCCACCUUGUUCGGCACCAGAAAGUUCACUCUGGAGAAAGACCAUAUGAGUGCGGCGAGUGUGGGAAAGCCUACAGCUUAAGCUCCCACCUGAAUCGGCACCAAAAGAUCCACGCAGCCAAGAGACUGUAGGAAUGCUUGCAACACAGUGUUCAGUCAGGUGAGGAGUCUCAGAUAGAGCUAUGUUGUAUUGUACUUUCUGACCAGCUCAAGUAACUUGCCUAGCGUUCUUUCACUCAGUGCAUAUGGCUGAAAUCACUUGAACUCCUCCAUCUUGGUCUUUCCAACAUCCUCUGGAAAGAAAACUUAUUUACUCAGCCCAGUCCCUGUGAUAAUUGUGAAGCACACGUGAUAACAGUAAGAUUUCUCUCUCUGUCAUAACUGACUGGUAGACUUGUCUUCAGCCAAGAUGGUCUGAGCUGUGCUUGUAUUUGGCUUGCAAAGAUAAUUUACUUCAUGGAUGUUGUUUUUGUGUGAAAUAUUUUUAUUUGUUGACUUGAGACAGUACUGUUAUUUGGCCUAAGCUAGCCUUGAACUUCCCUUUCCUCAGUUUCUUAGUAGCUGAGAGUUUAGACCUGUGCCACUAUCCCGAGCUCUUUAUGAACUUCGUAACAUACUGUUUUUUUUUUCCCAUCUUUUAUGUCAUCCAGCCAGAACAAUUACUUUUCUCCUAUUACUCUGCUUUCCAAUGAUAAAUGCCUUAGAAUUGUGACUUUUAAUCUUAGGAAGACGAGAGUGUAUUGAAAAUAGUUAGGAUUUGACAAACUAAAGAGGUAAACAGUCCUGUAUUUUAAUAGGACAGCGAGUUGCUGGAGAGCAAUUCUUAAUCCAGUUAUGGUGUUACCUUGUAUUGUUGAAAAAAGCUUCAUGGAUAAUAAUUUCAAGUAUUUGGAGGAUCUGGCUUGACUGGAUUUCAGAGUUAUUUGAAGGACCACGAACUGGUUUUGUAAAAACUUGCCAUGUGCUUGGGAGCAGAAUGCAUCAUUUGUCUCAUUUCUAGGGCAUGUGCUACCUCCUUGCACAGUUGAGGAGACCUCUAUGGCUGUAUUCUCUGGGGUCAGGGUUGGGAUAUAGGCUACCAUAUAUAUAACCCAAAGUGCUGCUAAACAAUAGUAUGGAAAUAGUGAAUGUGAAUAUUUGGAAUUACAGAUUAAUUUCAAUUAACUACAGGGGAAAUUCUUUCUUUGAAUUUUUAUUUUUGGUAAGAACAUUUUUAAAUGUUCUACUCAUGAUAACUGUGCAGGAUAAGAAGAUUUGUAGAAUUCUUCAGGAUAAACUGCUGUACCACUUAGAACCAAGGUUACUAGUUCAACAUAGAUUUUUUUUUUUUCUGGAUUCCUAUGCCUUCCUGAUAUCUUUGCCAAAUGUAAUUGCUUUAUAGGUAGUAACCCCAAGAGAAGAGUGAUAUGAUUCAAGAAUGAUUCAGUAACAUAACUUUUGUGAGUUGCCAGAAUUCUUGGUUAUAGAGGAAAUGGCCUUUGUUGCUUACAACUAGGGAGAUGGAUUCCUAAGGCAUGUGCAGUGAUAUGGUAGAAUUACUAUAUUAAUGUCCACUUGUUUGAUUUUACAGUAGAACUAGGUGGUCUAGAAAAUUAUUUUAAUUAUUUUUAGGCUUUAUGGAGUGUAAUCAGCAUACUCGAUCUAUAUUGUGUAGGUUGGUAUAUGUGUACGUACUGUAAAGCCACUCUAGCAGUGAUGUAGAUCAUACCCCAGAGUUCUAAAUUUACCUUCUUCAUGCUCUUCAUUCAAUUCCUAGGCAGCCACGAAUUUUACUGUAUAUAUGUUCUUCAAGAGGUUAUAUGUCAAUGUGACUAUGAAGUGUUUAUGUACAUUUUGUCUUCUGUUUGUCCGAAUAGCUAAUUUGACAUGUAUUUACGUUAUGUGUGUGAAUAGCUCAUUUAUUAUUGACUACUGGAAAUAUAGAUUUACUACAGUUACUUGAUUAUCAUAUUGGUGCGGGAGAAUUGUCUGUAUUCUGUCAAUCAUGUUAUAAAUAAAUGCUGAUUGUCCAGGCAGGAAAUAUAGGCGGGAAAACCAGAUAGGAAGUAGAAAUGAUGUAAAGAGAACAGGAGAAUUCUAGGAAGGAGGAAGUUGAUUCCUCUCUCUCCUGCUCAGAUCACCAAAGCAGCAGGAUGUGAUCUACUCCACUGAAAAAGGUACUGAGCCACAUGGCUAACAUAGAUCAGAAAAAUGUGUUAAUCAAGAUGUGAGAGUUAGCCAUUGAGAAGCUAGAGCUAAUGGGCCAAUCAGCUUAUAAUUUAUGGAGACCUAUGUGUGAUUUUCUUUGGGGCUAAACAGUUGUGGGGUACUAGGCGGGACAGAAACCACAACAAGCAGCCUGGCCAGCCUUCAUGUUACAGACCCAUUGCUGUAACAACAAACAAGCCAGGCCCCCAUGCAUGUUAUAUCAUAUUUGUCAUUUUUCUUGCUCCGUUUUCUAAAUAUUAAAAACAGUUGUUGCCAUUUGAACUUCUGUUGAGAAUUCCCUGUUCAGUUCAGUGUGGCCAAAAGACACUUAAGGUCAUGCUCAACCCCCUUAGCAAUCAGGGAAAUGCAAAUCAAAACAACUUUGACAUAACAUCUUACACCUGUCAAAAUGGCUAAAAUCAAAAACACCAAUGAUAGCCUUUGCUGGAGAGGAUGUGGAGUAAGGGGAACACUCAUCCAUUGCUGGUGGGAAUGCAAACUUGUGCAACCACUUUGGAAAGCAGUGUGGCAGUUUCUCAGGAAAUUCGGGAUCAACCUACCCCAGGAUCCAGCAAUACCACACUUGAGAAUAUACCGAAGAGAUGUCCUUUCAUACUCCAAAAGCAUUUGUUCAACGAUGUUCAUAGCAGCAUUAUUUGUAAUAUCCAGAACCUGGAAACAACCUAGCUGCCCUUCAAUGGAAGAAUGGAUGAAGAAAGUGUGAAAUAUAUACAUAUUAGAGUACUACUCAGCAGUAUAAAAAAUGAUAUCUUGAAUUUUGCAUGCAAAUGAAUGGAAAUAGAAAACACUAUCCU